GUCACGGAAACCAGACUGUUCCACAACUACAGGUGUUUCGGUCUCCGCUCCGGCCCACAUUCAUCUCCUUGGCUCUGCCCGUGAAAACCCCUCAAUUUACCAGUCACACUCUAGACUCUGUCCAACACUUAACGAGGAGGGGAAUCCAACUUGACCCGAGGGGACAUUGCAAGCACCGAUCGAACACUCCCAGCCGCUGCCACGCCUUAUCGAGCCAAGUUUGUCCACGUACAAUGAGCGUCGAGGCGAACGAGUUGCUUGAUGCCUUCAAGGCCGCUGCUCUCUCUGUCACGAAGCUCUACAAGACUUCGGCGCAGGCCCAAGCCAAGUCGCGCGCCGAUGGCUAUCAUGACUGCCUCGAGGAUCUGCUAUCCUUCUUGGACAGGGAGAACAUCGGCUUGUGUGAUGGAGAAGGGCAAAGAGUCCGGAGAUGGGUGAUCGACCGGAUAGAGGGGCGAGAUUCGACAUCCCCACCACUCGAGAGCGAUGAUGAGGCAGAACGAUCCGAUGCGCCAGUUUUAUCGUCACCACACAUCCAACGCGCCACCCCCGCAGCAGUACAACGACCAAGAGACAAGGACGAGACGCCGGCGAGGGACGAGUCAGCACCACCUGUUGUUGCGACAGCGCCCAUACAACCCAGCCACGCAGUGGAGGACGUCGACAUUGUCGUCCCGUCGCAAGAAACAUUCAACUUCCAGGCAUCACAUCCUUAUCCCCACGACGAAGCUCUGAGACUCGCCAACCUCAAUCUCUCGGACGGUCAGACAAUCAACUCUUCCAAUACACGAGCAGCAUCUCGCAACGGGAGGAACAGGAACGGACGGACAGGGGCCAGGACCACGCUUGGAAGAGGAGCGGGGCAGAAACGCAAAGUCAACCUUGCCGAGAUAUUUGACCUGGGCAGUCUAGAGUAUGGAAACGGUAGGGAUAUGUUUGGCAGUGGGGGGAAGCGAAGCCGGUUGGCAUAACGGGCGGCCGAGUGGACGAUUCACGUACAUGAUCCGUUCUGUCCGCACGAGGCCCUGAGGAGUUAUUUCUUUCGCGGGAGGAAUGGGAGGCGCAUCUUAUUC